AUGCUUUCAUGGUAUUUCCAAGACCAGGAUCCGGGCGUGAUGGGUAGCAGCGAUGCAUGCAUUGUCUUUAUCAAUGAAUAUGCUUCCGAAGGCUUUGACCGCGGCGGUCUUGCAGAUCCAUGGUCUGACAAGCUUGUCAACAAUGUUGCCAACAAGUGCAACAACACAAUGGUUGUCAUACACAAUGCGGGCAUCCGAGUUGUUGACGCCUGGAUUGAUCAUCCUAACAUCACAGCCGUGAUUCUGGCUCACUUGCCUGGUCAGGAAGCAGGCAAUACCUUAGUAGAACUCAUAUAUGGAAAGACAUCACCAUCCGGAAGACUGCCCUACACCAUUCCAAAAAGGGAGUCUGACUUUGGUGAUCUUCUAUAUCCGACUCAUGCUGACAGCACCAGUGAUUAUCACACUCAAGCCAACUUUACCGAGGGUGUCUACAUUGACUACAAGCACUUCCUUAAGCAUGACUUCACACCACGCUACGAGUUUGGCUACGGGCUCACCUAUUCCGAAUUCACUUACACGAAAUUGAAGACCACUCUCCGUGAUGGUGUUCUUCCUUCCUUUGUUGACGCCUAUGAUGGCACAUUGGCUACGGCAGUAUCUAGCACGAAUCUCACAAGUGAUACACAAAAUCGAAAGCGCAUACCGUGGGGUGGCGCUGCGGUACUUUGGGACAAUUUUGCUAACGUCACAAUGGAAGUUGAGAACAUCAGGAACAUGAAGGCCGCCGAAGUCAUAUAG